AUGGCUGCCACCUCAUCUUCUGCCUCUACUGCCGAUUCUGCUACCAUCCGUUUGCCUUCAAACUCUUUGGUGUCUACAGAUGAGCUGCUGCUCCAGGGCAGCACCAACAAAGCCAAGGAUCAGCUGGAGGACAAUAGUGAUGAUGAGCUGGAUAAGACCCUUGCUGAAAAACUGUGGGGCCUGACAGAGCUGUUCCCAGAAAGUGUCCAGACUUCUGCAGGAGCUACCUUUGACCUCUCCCUCACUGUAGUUUGGAAAACGUGCUGGUUCUCCAGGGAAGUUCUGUGGAUCUGGACCACCUCCUUCAUGAUCCUCAUUCUGCCAGUUGUCUUUGAAAUGGAGAAGCUCCAGAUGGAGCAGCAGCAGCAACAGCUACAGCAGCAGAAGAUCCUUCUAGGCCCUAACACAGAUCUGUCUGAAGGAAAGAUUUAG